AUGGAGACGGUGCGGAAUAUCCAGAAUCCUAUCCCUCCAGCUAUGCUGCAGCCGUCCAAGUGGUUAUCGCUCUAUGAAGACUUCGUGACCAAAAACGCCAGCUCGGUCGGUCAGGUCGAGUCUGCGCUGAGAUCUUUAACGUACAUCAUUCCCGGUCGGUAUCGCGAGUCCGAGAUACCUUCAGAAUGUGUGCAUUCCGGUGUACAAUUAUUGUCGCUAUAUCAUGACUCUCUAGUGUCGCGGGUCAUCUCUCGGCUUCCAUCGAAUAUACCCCGGCCGGUGCCAACCCCUCAUUCCCGAUACACCAAGCACUGGACCUCUCGCUCCUCGCUGUAUCGGCAAGUCGCCCUUGCGCUUCAGAUGCUCCAAUAUACCGAGCUUCUGUGGGAAAUGGCCGCGCGACGGCGGGGCCAGAAAGCUCGUUGGCGGGUUGUGGUUUUCAUCGAAUUUGCCAAAGCAAUCUGCCGCCUGCUUCUGCUUCGAUUGACCAAUUCCCGACCGCUGGUCAGUCCUCCUCUGCCGGAGCGCGAGGUAGAUCCCAGGUCUGUGGAAGAGGAGGACCAGAGCGAUUGGAAUGGUAUGCAGACUCCGGUGAGCGAGCGAUCUUCGGAUCUCAGUUGGACGAUGCCUCGCACAGGACUGUCUCUCCCGUCUCUCCCGGACGCGAAUGACGUGUCCAACUACCUUAUUUCCAAGGUAUUGACUGCGGACGAUAUCAAACCCCCCAAAGCACUGCUCCAUCGUGUGACGGGCCAAGGACAGCUGGCGGAAAUCCUUUACAUUCUUCGGCCUGUGGUAUACGCACUGGCAAUGCAAAGGUGGAGCGUAGAUAAGCGGAAUUGGCGACCCUGGCUUGUCGGAUUUGGAAUGGAGUAUGGCUGUCGGCAGCUGGCAAAGCGCGAUUUCCGUGAACGAGUUGCAGGUGGACUUCGAGGUCUCACGGGGCUUGAGCGCGAGGAGCUGAGAAAGCGUGGGUGGUCCAUGGGCUGGUGGCUGUUGCGCGGUGCAUUUUAUGAGAACAUUACCAAGUCGUGGCUGCAAAGCAUCACCGGGAAGAUGAAGGGCAAACCGCUCUUGGACUUGGUCGGCAGCUUCGUGGAGGACUAUGAAUACCUCUGGGAUAACUACUACUUCUCGACUGCCACCUUGUGA